AUGUCGUUAAGUGUCAGUGCGGAAAAUGUUAAUCCAGAAACGCAGGACUAUGACGGUUCUGGUAAUAUGUGUUUGGAAUUGGCCCUGGAGGGCGAACGACUAUGUAAAUCGGGAGAUUGCAAGGCUGGUGUGGCUUUUUUCCAAGCAGCAAUCCAAGCUGGGACUGAAGAUAUACGAACACUAAGUGCCAUUUACAGUCAACUAGGAAAUGCAUACUUUUAUCUUGGAGAUUAUGGGAAAGCUAUGCAGUAUCACAAGCAUGAUUUAACAUUAGCCAGGUCGUUAAAAGAUAAAUUGGGAGAAGCCAAAUCUUCAGGCAACUUGGGUAACACUCUUAAGGUAAUGGGUCGUUUUGAUGAGGCCGUGGUUUUUUGCACGAGACACCUAGAAAUUUCUAGAGAGUUAGGAGACAAACUAAGCGAAGGGAGAGCUUUAUACAACUUAGGUAAUGUGUAUCACGCAAAAGGAAAACACAUUGGACGCAUUGGAAAUAAGGAUCCCGGCGAUUUUUCUGAUGAUGUCAAAAAAUGUCUGCAUGAAGCUGUAAAUUACUAUGAAGAAAAUUUGGCACUGAUGCGAGAUUUGGGCGAUAUAGCUGCGCAGGGACGCGCAUGCGGAAAUUUGGGCAACACUUUUUAUUUGUUGGGUAAUUUUGGACAAGCUAUAAAUUAUCAUGAAGAAAGACUUUCCAUUGCAAGGCAGUUUGGUGAUAAGGCUGCUGAAAGAAGGGCCCAUAGUAACUUAGGAAACUCACACAUCUUUAUAGGACAGUUUUCUGAAGCUGCACAUCAUUACAAACGUACUUUAGCUUUGGCUCAAGAACUGGGCGAUGAAGCAAUAGAGGCUCAAGCGUGUUACAGCUUAGGCAACACGUAUACUUUACUUAGAGAUUAUGAAACGGCAAUCGAAUACCAUUUAAGGCAUUUUUUGAUCGCGCAAAAUUUGUCCGAUAAGGUCGGUGAAGGGAGGGCGUGUUGGUCCUUGGGAAACGCCCAUGCAUCGUUGGGAAAUCACGAAAAAGCCUUAAGUUUCGCCAAGAAACAUUUGGAAAUAAGCAAAGAGUUGAACGAUAGUAUGGGAGAAGCUACAGCUAAAAUGAAUAUUACUGAUCUGAGAAAAAUUCUUGAUAUUCCUGAGAGUCCAAACACUCUAUUAGAAAAUAGUAACACGUCCAGUCCGGACAAUGAUAAACUUAAUGAUAUAACACAUCAACAAAUGCAGAGACUGAGAAGGGAGAGCAUGGAACAACUUAGUCUAAUAAAAUUAACUCCUGAUGGUAAGAAAGUUAUUUCUCAUACCAAUAAAACAUCUAUUCCGAUGAAAAACUUUGAAGAAGAAGAUUCGUUCUUCGACGUGCUGUCGCGCUUUCAAUCAAAGCGCAUGGACGACCAACGUUGCUCGCUAACUGUGGCCAACAAGGAAAACACCAACAUGGUAAACCUGCAACAGCAACAACAACGAAAUGAAGAACCAGAAGAUUUGAUCGACAUGAUUGCCGGAAUGCAGAGCAAGAGGAUGGAUGAACAGAGAGUUGCGCUACCUAAUCUUCCAGGCCUUCAGUCGAGCUCCCUACAACGCCUGCGCGCUGCCGCUCCAUCGAGCAACGUUCCCGACGACAACUUCCUCGAUCAGCUCGUGCGUUGCCAGGGUUCGCGUUUGGAGGACCAGAGGUCGCCGCUGCCCGCUCCCGCCGUAGACGCGGAAUCUGACGCCCCCGCGCCGCCCAUCAGAGGAGGCGGAGCUGCGCGAAGCGGCGCGACCGUCCCCGACGAAGAUUUCUUCUCGCUUAUCGUGCGAUUCCAGUCCGGCCGCAUGGACGACCAGCGUGCGGGGUUGCCAACUACUCAACACAGGAUUGCAAACGGAUCAAUUCCAAAUGGCGUCAAUAAUAAUUUUAAUAAGAACGCAUCCAGCAAAAAGAAAAAAUAA